AUGGAGAAAUAUUUUAAAAGAACUUCAUCAUUGGAGAUUGGAUCCCAAAACAAUUUAUCGACCUCUUCUAACAAGAGGAGGUUUUUAGAAGUUGAAGUAGAGAGUCUCAUAGCAGAUACAGGACAACGACCAAAGAUUUCAAGUUAUCAUCCGAAUGACAGAGACAAAGCUAAAAAGAAUUAUCAAAUUCACUUGACAGCUACAAUUGAUUGUAUUAGAUUUCUUUUGCGACAAGGAUUGGCCUUUCGUGGUAAUGAUGAGACAGAUGAUUCUGUUAAUCAAGAAAAUUUUUUGGAACUUCUAAACUUUCUUGCACAACAUAAUGAAGAGAUUGAUCGUGCUUUUAAAAAUGUUCGUGGGAAUCUUAAACUAAGAGCUCCCUCAAUUAAAAAAGAUAUUGUAAGAGCGGCUGCAUGUGAAACGACAAAAGCUGUUGUAAAUGAUCUUGGGGAUGAAUUGUUUGCUGUUUUGGUUGAUGAAGCUUGCGAUAUUUCUAUUAAGGAGCAAAUGUCAGUUUGUUUAAGCAUUGGAGUCAUUAUUAGAAACAUAUAA